UUCAUUCAUAGCAUAGUAUAUUUUAUCUCAAAGAGCAAUCUGCCCAGUUGGAACACAACUCAUUAUUUCUACUAGGAUUCAUUUAUCAAAACACGACUUCAUAUUUUUGGAUUAUUAGAUUGAAAUUUUCACCCAAACACAACACACUGGAUGAUAUUGACUUUCAAAUGACUUCGGAAUUAUUGAGAAUACGGAAUCCGUUAAGUGAGAAACAGUAUGAAAAUAAUGGAGGUGCUAGUAACAAUUCUUCUGUGAUAAAAUAUGACAAGAGUGACAGUGACCAUCACUCGAACCUUGAGAAUUCAUCAGUCAUCAAGGAAAGACAAUGUUCUCCUACUUCCCCUCAACUGGAGAGACAUCAAUCCACCAGUCAGUGUUCAGUGUUUCCCUCGACAAUCAUGAAUAUUCCUUGUCCAGUGAAAUCAACCUCACCACCCAAAUCAGUCUUCCAAAGCUUAGGUCAGAUUGACUUGAAUAAAAUAUGGAAUAUUUGUGAAGGGGCAGUUGGAGGUUUUCGUUAUCAAAUUCGACGACCUGUAGAACCGUGGAAAUUUUAUGAGAGUAGGAAAGGUGAUGGUUCAAAAGUCUAUCUGUGCAGACGGUGUGGUUCCAGUUAUAAACACAAGAAAUCACUGAAUAAACACUGGAGGGAUAAACACUAUUCAGAGUUGAUGAAGAAGGUAGGUGGUGAGGAUAAUCCUGCAGUCAGGGAUGAAACAGACAACGGCGAUGGCGAUGGUGAUGGUGAUGAAGAAGAUGGAGAUGAUGCAGAGUGUGAUGGAGAUGGUGAUGAUUGUGAUGAAGGUGAUAUCGAGACGAUGAAGACAAGUUCCAAUGGACCUCUCUCAUCUACUGAGAAUAUUGGUUGCAAUAAAGUGAAUGUCAGGUAUACGAACAAGCCCACUUCGUUGGGGACGAUUUAUACGGUGGAGGAUGAUGAUUGUGAAAAUCGACCACCCAAUGCAAACAACAUGUCAUCUGGUUAUGGAGUGGUGAGAUCACAGAAUUCGGUUGGUGAUUGUCGGGGUGUGAGUGUGAAUGUGAUGAGAGGAAGUGGAAGUGGAGGUGGUGGUGGUGUUGGAGUUGGUGGUGAUAUGAUGGAGAUGCGACGAGGUGGACGUGUUUCAGCCCCGAUGGAUUGUCGGAAUCGUUUGUUCGUUUGUGGACGUAGGAGGUUAUCAGUUGUUCCCUGUUCGUCGUCUCCGAGUGGUCAAGGUGGAAUACACAAGCGAAUUUCUGAAUGUGGAGUUAAGCGUGUGAGAUCACCGAUAGAUGGGAGUGAGAAUGGGAAUGUGAAUAGUAAGCGAAGACACAGUGUGUUUCCAUCUGUGAGAGAUGGUUGUUUUAGUGACAUGAAUGAGAAGCAUCCAGAGGUGUUUAGGAAGAACAUUGGAGGUAGUGAGUUGGUGUCGAGUGGUCCGAGUCGGUUUGAUGUGAAGUCUGUGGAUGUGUGUGAAGGUGGAGUAUCUGGUGAAGGAAUGGAACCACUCGAUUUGUCAGUUGUGAAGCCGUUGAAUACAGGAGGAAAUGAGUGUGUGUUAGACGGACGAGUGUCAGGUGGGAGUAGUGAGUGCAGUGAGGGGAGAGGUGAUUUGAGUAUGAGAGUGAAUGGUGAAGGGAGUUGUUCGGUGAAGACGUGUGAGAUGGAGACGGAGUCUGGUGGUAAAUUCGUGUCUUCAGAGGAAGAGGGUAGUGGGAGUAGGAAGAAGGCGACGCGUAUUAGUCGCAGCCUGCUGAUCGGUUUGUUGGAGACAGCAGUGAAUAUUGUGGAGAAUGAGGUUGAUGAGAAUGUGGGUGACUCGAUGCAGUUGUCGGCGACAUGUUCGAGUUUACUGUUGGCUAUUGGUAGUUUGUUGGUUAGAUUGGGUGAGAAGAGACUUGAUGUGUCGGGUGAUUGUCCUCGCGUUGAAUCAUUCCAGACGAGUAAUGUUUGUGUAGAUGGAGGAGGAGGGGGAGUGAGGAGUGUUGAAUGUCAUUCAGAUUUGUCUGGUGUAGGUGUGUUGAACUCGAUGAAUAUGAGAGAUUUGGGACAAGUGUCUGUUGAUCACUUUCCACCAUCACGUGACAAUGCAUUACAUGAUGGUUGUGUAGGUGAUUCAGGACUAUGGUCAAAAGAGUGUGGUGUUUCGAGUGUGGAAAUGUCGAGGAUCACUGGCAAAGAUAAAAAAGAAGAAGAAAAGAGUGUGGGUGUUGAAAUGAGUAGGAAAAUGGGGGAUAGUGAGUUCACUUCUUCAUGUGAAUCCCGUCAUGCAGGUGAUGUGAUGAGUGAGAAAGAAAUAUGGUUCAAGGGAAUGAGUGAAGAAGUGUCAUUCAGUGGUGAAGAUGGAAUGAAGAAGAGUGAUGCGUCGGAGUCCACCUUCAUCUGUCCCGUGUGUAAAUUUCGUGCUCGUUGGUUCAGUGAGUUGCGUGCUCAUAUGGUGAACCAUUCUGAGCAUCGGAUGUUUGGCUGUUGUUACUGUCAGUAUCGAGCCAAGUGGAAAUGGGAUGUCGCGAAGCAUAUGCGUCGAUGUCCAUUGGGUCGUCAUGUCUCUCACCUUCCCAAUGAGGCGUUGUUGAGGAUAGUUAAGUAUCAUGCACCUCGAGAAGGAGAUAUAUUGUAUGGUUAUUUCCCACAGAGUGGAUUUCCUGGAGUGGGAAUAGACCAUCCUCCGACUCCACCGAGUAGUGUGAUGAAUCAUGGAUAUGAGAGGUUGGAUAAUGAAGGUGUGUGUGAUUUGGAUGAUGAUGUUGGUUUGAAUGGUGUUACUGAAUUUGAUGGAGUCAGUGGAUGUGAGGAGUUGGUGCAGGAUGAGGAGAGGAAUAAAUGUGAUUCAGUUAGUCGGAUGGAAGGCAAGUGUCCAUUGUGUGAAUUUCAUUCGACGGAUAAGACUGAGUUUCAAUUGCAUUGGAAUUCGCAUUGUCCAUACAUGGAAUGAUACACUGAUGAUUGAAUUCAACGAGAUGUUGAUCUGCUUUCUA